AUGAAUUCUUCAUACUCAACACUGCCAUUAAUGAGUGGAGCGACAAAUGAUUUAGAUUUAUAUGCCAGCAAAGCUUUUGAUUACGACUACGAUGAUUCUUCUUCCGGCUACGAAUCUACAGACAUCUCUGAUGUGGAUUCCUUAAAGUCUGCGGAGUCACGUGACAGUCUUGACAGCUUAUCACAUGACAGCUACAGCAUGCUCUCCGAACAUCUGAAGCUGAUUCUCGCUAUGCCCGAGAUGUGUGACGUUACAUUUAUUGUUGGACCACGUGAAGUCCCCGUGCAUGGAGUUCGUGCAAUUAUGGGCACUCGCAGCAGAAUUAUGUAUCAACUUAUUUUGAAACACAUGCAUAUGAGUGCAGCUGACGAAGAAACAAACGCCAAAAAGAACAAAAAAUCAAAGAAGAACACGUGCAACAGGUCCGUCGGAAUUGGUCGGUCAUUAUCGCAGAGACUAGUUAUCCUCGUGAAGAAAUACGAUUCAGAGGUGUUCCGAAUGCUCGUCCAGUUUAUCCACUGCGGCAGUGUGACUAUUACCGAGGAAACUGUAGCUGGUUUAUUUUGUGCUGCCGCGCAUUUCGAGCUGUCUGAUUUGAGUAAAGCAUGUUUAGAUUUUGUUGAGAGGUGUCUGAAUGCCGGUCGAGCUGAGAAGCUACUCGUUUCUACAAGAUGUUACAGUCACCACAAGGCUACAAAGACGCUAUUUGAUCAGGUAAAUGUCACUUACAAUAAACCGUCAAUACUUUUUUCUUAUCGUUAAAAACAUUAUAAAGUAUUUCACUAUCGAAAAAGUCAUCUCCAAUUUAUGAUUCUGCCCGUUACCUGCAUAAAAACAAGUAGUAACAGAAUUCUAUUUUCCGAAAAAGCAAACUGCUAUAUAGACGAAGACAACUGUUUUUCCACUGAACUGUGUUUGAUACACAACUUAAAAAACAACCAAAAAAACAAACAAAAAACAACAACAACAACAAACAAACGAAAA